AUGCUCACCAUCGACGACGAUGUCUGCAGGAACGUUUGGAACGGCAAGAUCGCGAUUCAAAUUACACUCGACCCAGUAGAAGCAGCCGGCAAAGAAACCGAACCCAUCUAUAUUGAGGCGUUGCGGUUCUCAUACCUGCCGCUGAUAACGCAAGAGAUAUACCCCAUAUUCACUGGGUUUGGUCUGGUAGCCAACGACAGCGAGGGUGACGAGAAGGAAAGCAAGCCCGUAUGGUAUGAUUUUCAAGGCCAACCUCUUAAAUGGCAUUAUCCAAUUGGGUUGUUAUACGAUAUGCAUGAUCCACGACCCCAGUUGCCAUGGCAGAUCACUGUUCAUUUUGAAAACUUUCCAGCGGGGACACUCUUACGAAAUCCUUCAGUGGAUACGGCGCAGGACAUGUUUAUGGCUAUGCUUAAGCAGGCUGAUUUUUUGAAGCAUGGUACAACGAAGCGUGUCAUGAACUUAUCCAAGAAUGACCAAACGCAGCUAUGGCAAUCACUAUUGUCAGAUCGAUACGAGGACUUUUGGAAAGUGAAUAAUCACCUUGUUGGUGUUGUGGAGAACGAAUUGCGAUACAUUCCCUUACGGAUUUACUUGCCGGAUGGUUGUCCUGUUAUCCAAGAGCCAGUAUCUUACAUAGAAGAAGGAUAUGAGCGAUCGCUUGGUCAAGUGUUAGGGGAGAUCUUACCUGACAUAUUUCCUCCAUCCGAGAACGAGCAUACGGGAUACCCCAUUAUACACGGCGUCACCUUGCCAUUAGAUACACCGAUUGCAUGGGCAUCACUCAACUUGUCAUAUGCAGAUCAUUUCUUACAUCUCAUUGUGAAUAAAAAGACAUGA